AAGAGCCGUUAGAUAAGAACGUUCGCAGCUGUUACCGAGUCCCGCGACCAGUUUUCCAUUUCGACUUAAAUUUUUGUACCAACAGUCGCCGUUAACGCGUGCGCACCCUUUGUGCGUAGUUGCUGUUGCUUCGCGGACGACGUUCCGUCAUGUUGGAGUUGGACAGUAGUAGCACGCCGCCGAAAUGGAAGCGUCCGGAGGACGUAAUGAAGAUGCAUCGGAUGAAGAUGAAGAAACGUGCCCUGCAGUCCCGGUUCAUCAAGUCCAUGGACGGCGCUGCGUUGUCGUCGUCGAGCUCCGUUGCCAGGUCCGCAGUGCAAAGGUCGCCGGCCAAAAACCCUUUCAGACGAAAAACGCCCGUCAAGAACAAGCAGGCCAACGCGCGGGAGACGCUGAAAAGAACUCGAGUCGAGUACGAUGAUGACAAUGCCUGCUCUUCCAACCUCUCCAAACUGCUGAGGGACUGCGAAUCCAUUCCGUCUGUGUCUGCCGUUUCGCAAAGCCAUUCUCUGGAUGAGAGCGUUAUAUCAUUUGUUGAUGUUUUACGCACAGCAAAACCAGUGACAGUUGUUGAAGAUGAUGUCGAAGAAAUCCGAGGUGAAUCGGAAUUACCAAUUGACUGGACAUUACGAACUAAAGUACGUUUUUUAUCUCCAAACCCGUUCCCGUGGAGCCAAAAAAUUAAAACUUGUGAGGAGGCAUCAGCCACAACUGGAUUUGUAAGAUGUCUCGACACAGAAAACAUUGAAAACUCAUUAGAUACUAGUCCUAAUAGUCGAUUCCAUCAGUGUUGUAUGGCUUGGCAACAUCCGUCCUUACCUUGGGUAGAUCUCAUUCAUAGAGGUCCUCGAGUAGCAGUUAGAGAUUUAGCUAAUAAUGUGCCCUCUGUCAAUGCAAAUCCAACCUUCAAAGAGUCUCUUUUUACUCACUGGAUUGAUAGUUUCCGAUCCUUAUUUCAGCUUGUUCGUGCUAACCAAUGUCCAUACUUCUAUGUUCUUGCCAAUGCAUUCACGUGUAUCUUUCGAGCAUCGAGCAUUGGUGGUUAUGAAGAGCUGAAUGCAAUGAUGUAUCCAACAACCCAAGGACUUCGAGAUGUACUCAAGCGUGAAGAUAUUGAGUUCACAAUGCCAUUGUUGGAAGAGGAUGAAAAUAGCAGUGAACUCUUUAAUGGGAAAGCAUCAGAAGAAGCCAAAGUUGUUGAGGAUGAGGAGCCUGAACGAUGGCUUGAAACAAUGGGUGCUGAAAAAUCAGAAAUUAAACGUUUACAAAGUUCACAGAAUGAACUAGUAUCAAGUCGUCAACGAAAAAUUGAUAGUACUAAGGAAUCUUUAGUAGUUGUGAUUGGUGUUGAAGCUCAAGCUCUUUUUAAUUGGUUAAUAAAUUGUCGUUCAUCAGUGUCGAAUACAGGACCUCAUGCAGGGAUACCGCCUACGCUUUUAGCACCAGUAGCUUUUGCUGGAGCUACUUUAACUCCACUUAAAGUAAGACAAAGUACUGUAAAAGUAGAUGGCCAAAGCUACAAUUCAAUAGAAGUUAAAGGACCUGUAUUACCAGACACGGUUAAUAAUUUCUGUGAUCUAUUGUCAAGUUCUUUAAAAAAAUUUACUGCUACAUUUGCUAAUUUAGAAAGUACUAAACCAUUUACAUUAUGUUCGGAGUCAAAAAAAGAUUAUAUUAAUAGCCAAAAAUCUGAAGACAAAGCAAUACACUUGUUCGGUCAACAAAAUCUAAGUGACUGUGGCCUCAGGGAUUCAGUAUUAAAAAAAUUUUGUUCUACUAAUACUAAAGCAUUUGACAGUGUCAAAUACACAAAUGACGAUGGAUAUUUCAUUUCAUAAAAGCAAUUUUGUCUCCAAAUUAUUUUAAAUUAUUUUUAUAAGUUGAAGUUGACUUUAUUUGGGAUACAUUUUAUAAUGUUAAUAUUAUUUUUAAAUCUUUUAUAUAUUUUUUUUUCUAAAUCAAUUAUAUUUUAUUUAUAGACACGAAAUGUAUAUAUUCAACUUGGAUUGAAAUACAGUAAUUUUUUGUUACUACGAAUACCGAUACAACAAUAAAUCCUGUUAUAACAAAAGUCAUAGAAGUCCCCUACCGAAAAACUAUUAAAACAUUGUUAAAUGAAUCUCAAUAUAAUGAAAUAUUUGUACAGGUUAAAAUAUAUUAAAUCCUUCUUAAUUUAAUCUAAAGAUAAAAAGCAUACAAUUUUAUGAAAUUAUGUACCAGACUUCAUCUUGAUAAACGUUCACCAACUACUAAAUUAUUUACUUUUUAUUAAAACAGCAAACCUUGUUCAAAAUAAAUUGUCGAUUAUCUAUAACAGCGUUUCCCAAACUGUAGUCCAUGGACCUCUAGGGGUCUGCACUUAUACUGGAGGGGUUCCACGAACGUAAGUUAAAAAGUGUUAUUAUUUAUUAUUGUGUUUGAUUUGUAUUUGUAUUAAGGGGCUGUGAUCAUUUAUAUUUUCUCUAAGAUAUCGAGUAGAGAAAAAGUUAGGGAAACACUGAUCUAUAAUACAUUUUUUUUUUUUUGGUAAAUUAUUGAUAUUUGAAAUAUUUAUUUAUUAUUUAUGUGUACAUAUUUGA